AUGCCGCCUCAAAAAGAGCGUAUUCCCUCCUCCUGGGCGCUCAGUCCGUCACAGCAGGACGGACACAGCCCAUCGCUGAAACUACACUCCUCCGACCCCUCCCUCCCAUUCGAAUUCUCCUUCGAGGCCGUUCGCCCCAAUGUCUUCAGGACCAUCUUCCAGUCCGAGACCCACCCGGUCCCGCCGUAUCCCAGUGUCCUCCAGAUGGAGGCGAAACUGGAGGGCAUUCAGCCGACAGUCACCUCGACAGACAAGAGCAGGAAAAUCCAGAUGGCCGACAUCACAGCCAACGUCGAUUUCGCCGGUGAAACACCCUUGGUGUCCAUCUUGAUCGAGGGCCAAAACUUCCCCAUCCUUCAAGACCUCCCGAACAGGGGCUACGUCGUAGACGGCGAAGGCAUUGCCCACUACACGCGCUACAACCGCAACACCCUGCACGUCGGCCUAGGCGAGAAGGCGGCUCCCAUGAACCUCUCGGGCCGCCGCUUCGAGCUUUCGGCCACCGACAGUUUCGGCUACGACGCGUACCGGACCGAUCCGCUGUACAAGAACAUCCCUCUCCUGAUCAACGCCACGCCCGAGGGCUGCGUGGCCACCUUCUCGACGAGCCACGGCAGGGGCCAGUACUCGAUCGGUUCCGAGAUGGAUGGCAUGUGGGGGUUCUACAAGGUCUACCGGCACGAUUAUGGUGGUUUGGAGGAGUACACCAUCGUGGGCAAGACGCUGAAGGAUGUCGUGCGCACCUACGCCGACCUCGCCGGUUACCCUUUACUCGUGCCCCGCUGGGCAUUCGGCUAUCUCUCGGGCGGCAUGAAGUACUCGAUGCUCGAUGAACCACCGGCGCACGAGGCCAUGAUGGAGUUCGCGCGCAAGCUCCGCGAGCACGACAUCCCUUGCUCGGCCCACCAAAUGUCGUCGGGCUACACCGUCUCGGCGACGCCGCCCAAGACACGCAACGUCUUCACCUGGAACCGGCAUCGGUUUCCCGACCCGGAAGGGUGGAUCAAGGCGUACCACGAGCUCGGCAUCCGCUUGAUUGCCAAUAUCAAGCCGUACGUGAUCGGCAGUCACCCGGACUAUGAGAAGCUCAAGGCGGCCGGGGCGUUGUUCACGGAUCCGCGCACGGGAAAGACGGCUGUUACGAAGCUGUGGAGCGCGGGGGGUGGCGAGAGCGCCGACGGUGGUCACAUCGAUUUCACCUCCAAGGCUGGCUUCGACUGGUGGUACAACGGGGUGAAGGAGCUGGCCCAGCAGGGCAUCGACUGCAUGUGGAACGACAACAACGAGUAUACCAUCCCGGACGACGACUGGCACUGCGCGCUGGACCUUCCUUUGCUCUCUCCCUUGCCUAAUGUCCCCAUCCCACAGCCGGGGGUCGCUUCUCGGAAGGUCGGCGUCUGGGGCCGCAACAUGCAUACCGAGCUACACGGCAAGGCCUCACACGACGCCCUAGUCGCCGUCAACCCAGACACACGGCCCUUUGUGCUCACGCGCAGCGCCACAGCCGGGACGAUGCGGUUCGCAGCCAGCACCUGGAGCGGCGACAACGUGACCAGCUGGGCAGGCAUGAAAGGGGCCAACGCGCUGUCCCUCAACGCCGGCAUGUCACUCCUCCAGUGCUACGGGCACGACAUCGGUGGGUUCGAGGGCCCUCAGCCCGGUCCGGAACUCCUGCUGCGGUGGGUGCAGCUAGGCAUCCACUCGCCGCGCUUCGCCAUCAACUGCUUCAAGACGGCCGCCGACAACAACAGCGUCGGCGACGUCAUCGAGCCGUGGAUGUAUCCGUCCAUCACACAUCUCAUCCGCCGCGCCAUCAAGCGCCGGUACGCGCUGAUCCCGUACCUCUACGCGCUCAUGCUCGAGAGCCACCGCUCCGCGACGCCGCCGCAGCGCUGGACAGGGUGGGGGUAUGAAUCCGAUCCGGAAGUGUGGACGAACCCGGCUAUCACGGACGGCGAGACGCAGUACUGGCUCGGCGACGCAUUGCUGAUCGGUGGUGUGUAUGAGUCCGGGGUGUCUAAGGGGCGUAUGUACUUGCCUCGGGCGGCUGAUACCGAGAGCGAUGAGGGGUACAUGAACACCAACGCGCCCUUCCAGUACCUCGAGGCGGGCCAGUGGGUCGACAUCGACGCCGAGUGGCACGGCGCGGGGAUCCCUGUGCUGGCGCGCGUGGGGGCUGCGAUCCCCGUCGGCCGCGACGUGCAAGUGCUGUCGGCCGGGGAGAGCGAGAAUGUGGCGGAUCUGCCGCGGGACGACUACCGCGGCGUGGAGAUCUUCCCGCCUCGCGGGCAGAGCAAGGCCGGGCAGUGGCAUGUGACUGUUUGGCGCGAGGAUGACGGCGUGUCGGCCGUGGGCAAGAACCGCGUGUCGUCUUAUGCGUUGGCGUACACCGCCACGGGUGCUGCGAGCGCCGCGGGCGAGAUCCGAGUCAGGUUUGAGAGGGAUGAGUCGUCGGGGUUUGUGGUGCCGUGGAGGGCCCUUGUGGUGAUUUUGCCGCCUGGCGAUGAGCGGAAAGUGGUGAGCGACGACGGAAAGGUUGUGGUGGAAAUUGGAGUGGAUGAGCAUAGUAGGAAUCGUUUCGAAUUGCAGGGGUGA